GACGAAAGGAGAAGAGAGCUGCAUCGGUCGGUGUGCUUACUCUGCCAACUAAGAAUACUCUCCUACCACCGGGCGAUCUCAAACGCGGCGUCAUCAGCAACGGCAACAUCCCGUCCUACCUAAAGACCACAGCCCCCGUGGACGCGUGCUGCCCCCUUGGCGGCGCCUGCUUCUUUUUUCCCUCAAAGCCCCCAUGAGUCCCCUCGCUCGUUGACGUCUUUCGCUUUCACUUACCACGCUGCCAUGCUUGACGAGAAUCUGCCCACCUUCUUCCUCAAAGCCUCGACCGACCAAGUCAAGCACAACGAGGCCUUUUACUUCUCCCAGCAUGGCUCCGAGCCCGCUCCCGCCUACACGCUGCGUCACCCCGACCCCGUCGCCCCUAAUGCCCGCAAUCGCUACGCCGCUGGUCUCUUCGAUGCCCACAACCCGGACGUGCUGUUCGGCGAGGUCCUGAUCCAGCCCGAAUGGACCUACCCCACCCUCUCUCCCGAUGAGAUCCGCAAGAAUGGCGGUGUCGUGCCUCCGCCGCAGAUCAUCAUGCCCUCCGAGUUCACCAUCCAGCUGUACGACCCGAACCAGCAGGUCAUUGUGCGCCAGAAGAGCGGCUCGUGGGGCGGCACCGCCAGCUACGAGUUCCAGAUGCCCGUCAACACCUUCCGUCUACCCAGCGCGUCUACGCUGGACCGGACCCUUAACGACCCCGCCGCUGACAUUACCACGCCCAAGAUAAACUUUGUCUGGAGGCGAGAGGGCAAGAUGAACAAGGACCUGUCGUGCUUCAUGACGGGCAGAUCGACAGACCCGGCGGGCAAGAAGAAGAAAAAGGGCGCCAAGGAGCCCGCCAUUGCCAUUGCCCUGUUCCGCGCGUUAAGAGAAAUGACAGUCUACGAAUCCAACAUGUACCGCGUCGAUAUUGAAGACCCGAAAGGGCUAGAAAUCGUGCUCCUCCUAGCCGCCGCCACCAUCCGCGACGUCUUCUUCGGGAACCCUGCCGAAACCUUCAACACGGGCGACCCCAACGCGCGCAAGAGCAGCGGAGGCAUCCUAACGCUAAAGCGCAAGAAUUCGUCACCCCUCACAGCCAUGGAAGCCGCCGUUGCGGCUCCCGCCCCCGCUCCCACCAAGACCGCUCCCGCAAUCACGAACCACGCGCCCCACGGCACCGCCAUCGACGCCAUGGCCCGCAAAGCCACGCCUUCCGCCGCGGACCUCAAGCGCCAGUCGCUCCCGCCACUGAACACGCACCCGGCCGCUCCGCCCCCUCUCGAUCCCCGCGCCCAAUGGGACAUCGACGCCGAGACGGCACGGCUACGCGCGCAAGCCGAGCAGCAGCGGCGCGACCGCGCGCGCAGCGACGCCGCAGAACAGCGACGCACGCGCAAGCUGCUGGACGGCGAAGACAAGGAGCGUGAGCGCGAGCGCAGACGUCGUGCUGCAGAAGUAGAGCGCGAGACGGAGCGCCUACGCCGCCGCUACGGCAGCCAGGACGCGGCGGCCGCCGCGCGGCCAGGCAUGGGCAUGGGCUACGGGUACGCGGGCCCGCAGCGCCAUUCGGCGCCGCUGGUGAUGCAGCAGCAGGGCGGGCCGCCGCGGCCGCACCAGCGGAGCAUGGCGCCUACGCCCGCGAUGGGGCAUCCGCAUCCGCAUCCGCAGCACGCGCAGCGUGCGAGCAGUGGCAUGUGGAUCCCGCACCACGCACCGCAGCAGGCGCGACCGCCGCAGGCACGACCACAACAGCGCCCCACGCCCACGCCGCUGUCGCAGCCCCAGCGCCGCCCCGUCCCGUCCGCGUCUGUGCCUUCGGCGCCGCUGGUCCCGCCUCCGCAGCGCUUACAGAGCAUACCGCAGGCGCGGCCGGUGGAGCUGCCGGUGCGGCCGGCGUUGCCUGCUAGUCGUAGCAGUGGUGGCGCAGCCGCUGCUGGUGCUGGUGCAGGGGUGGUUGCGGGUAAUGGUAAUGCUAGUGGUAGUGGGAGUGGUAAUAAUGCAGGCAACGCGAGCAGGCUCAGCUUCUUUGGCGGCGGCGGCAUCAUCACGCCCGAUGAGGGCAAGACGCUGCAGGGCGGGAAGCCGAAGAAGAAGAGCUUGUGGGGCUUGCGGAGUAAGAGUGAAGGGAACGCGGCGGAGCGGCUGCGCAAGAAGAGUACGGUGUUUUAGGUGUGGGAGGGGGGUAAGGGCGUUUGGGACUUGGGUGGAUGGGUACAAUAUGCGUAUGGUAUGGGUAGGCGUUUUUUCGGUGCGUUGGUGUUUGUAGCUAUGUUAGGGACGAGUAUCGAGUAGAUGUUGUCCGGUAAAGUACUCUUCAUUGUUUAUGUAGGGUCGCAGCACGUGCAAAAAACCCGCUCACCC